AUGUCCUGUGACGAAGAAAUCAAAUGUCAUAGCGAAAAAGCAGCCACUAAUAAUUCUCGUCAACAACAAUUUAUUAAUUUGCAAACAAAAAGACCUCCUUUCGUUAAGCAGUUAUUCAUAGUGGAUUUUUUAACAGUGGAAGAAAAAAUAGAAAUGGUUUUGAUUUAUGAAGAAGCAGGCAGGAAUCUUGAUGAUGCUGUUAAUAUCUACGCUCAGCGUUUUCCGGAAAAAAUCGAUCACCAGUUUACUACAAACGGGAGUGUUCAACUGAUAAAAAGAGUUCGUCGAGCAACAGUCGCAGGUGGAAAUAAUGAAAUUAAUGUAUUAGCAGCAACGGCCGCUAAUCCUCGUGCAAGCUCACGAGAAUUAUCUAGAGAUUUGGGAAUAUCCCAGAGCAGAACCGUUAAGCAGGUUCUACCAAGUCCGACCGCGGGGUUACGUGCAGAGUCCCUGGUGACUCCAAACACCCUGGGGAAGGUCCCCGGAUCUCUGGUAGAAAGUACCGCCGGAUGUUUCCGGUUAGUCGUAGACGACGUCGCACAAGAUGGGUUAUUCGGUGUGCGGCAUGUUUGCGAUGUUGGUCAUAUCAAAGACAUGUCGGAACCACGUUUGGCAACACAACGGGGCCCACUCUGGUAG